AUGUUCACCCGAAAUGAGAGAGGGAAGAGCAGAAAGGGCACAGAUCUCGCCUGCAUCUUUGUGCAUGGUGGCGCAGGCUUCCAUAGCCGUGAGAAUGAGUUUGCCCACCUCAAGGCCUGCCAGGACGCGUGCAAGGCCGGUAUGGCUGUCAUGAACAACGGCGGAUCCUCUGUCGACGCAGUGGAGAUAGCUAUUAAAGUGCUUGAGGAUCGAGAGAUCACCAAUGCAGGCUAUGGAAGCAAUCUGUGCCUGGGAGGAGUUGCCGAGUGCGAUGCCGUUGUCGUGGAUCACAAAGGCACGAGCGGAGCUGUUGGAGCUGUUGCGCAAAUCAAAAACCCAGUGUGCUUGGCCAGGYUCGUACUCGACCAUUCCACCAAGCUGCUGUCCCUUAAGCGUGUACCCGCAAACUUACUCGUCGGCCAAGGCGCCACCGACUUUGCCAUCGAGCAUGGCAUGAUUCAGGUGCCAUACUCAGACCUCAUCUCCCCAACCGUCAGACAGCGUUGGCGAAAAUCGCGCUCCGACCUGAUGAGAGCCGAACGCAGGGAACAGCAGGACGACGAUGAGAAAUUCGGCGUUUCCUCUUCCGCCUCUGUUCGAGAAUUCAUCCGGACGGUCGAUAGCCAUGACAAAAGCGAGCGCGAGCGCAAGGCACAUGAAGACCGCAUGUACGCAGAAGCUUUGGUGUACGCACAAGCUCGAGAGUGCGCAGAAGCUCUAGCGCACCGUUACGGUGCGCAGACAGCCUGCGAGUACGUGGAAGCUUUGCCGUUCGAUGCGCAGACAGCGUCGCCACCACGAUCCGACCGACUGGACACAAAAUCGAUCACCACACCAGCACGAUCUAGCUCGGGACAUUCUACGAAAGCUACUGACAACACUGGUAACACGACUCCUGAUCGCCACCCAGACGAGGCUAGCGAUCCAGAUCCGCUGUCUCGACCAGAAUCGCUGCGUGCUAUGGUCAAUCAUCCAUUUGCAAAUGGCACGCAAGUCUCGCCACCUCCGUCUUCCACUUGCCUGCCCAACCUUGCCAGUGCUGCCAUUAACGGCGGCGGACAUUAUCAUGAGAUGGAUACCGGAACGGACUACUUCUACGAGAAUUGUGUGCAGUMAUCGCCGCCCCAGCAAGUUACUGCAUCCCCGCCCGAUCCCGGAAUCCGAGAACUCUCGAUGCGCGAUGCAAAUGACGUUGAGCCAAACAUACUCCCUGUGAACCCUUCGGUCCACUUCGAUUCCUCCACUGGAACCUACCAUGUUGAUCCACAUCUGUCUCCAAGUUCCAGUUCGAAUACCGAGCACUCAGCAUAUGUUAUCUCUCCCCACAACCUAUCAGCGACYCCCUCCGCGGAAGAGGACGUUAUCACUGACACCGUGGGCGUCAUUGCCAUUGAUAUGUUUGGCAACAUCGCAUGUGGCGCAUCUUCUGGUGGUAUUAGUAUGAAACAUCGCGGCCGCGUUGGGCCAGCUGCUCUUGUUGGUAUUGGCGCAGCGGUCAUACCUACAGACGAGGACGAUCCCGAAGGCAAGACUGUAGCAACUGUUACGAGCGGCACAGGAGAGCACAUGACAACCACCAUGGCCGCAGCUCUCUGCUCGGAACGCAUAUACCAAAGCCAACGCAAAGUACGUGGCCAAUACAAAAGCUGCAUGGAAGAAGAAGCCGUUGCGGGCUUCAUCAAGACCGAUUUCAUGGACCAUCCCUCUGUCAAGCAAAGCCAGAGUACGGGAAGCAUUGGGACGAUGAGCGUCAAGAAGACCAAGGAUGGAAUUUACUUCUUGUUUGGACACAACACAGACUCUUUCGCGUUGGCGAGUAUGCAUUCUGACGAAGAGCGACCGAUUCUGACGAUGAGUCGGAACAAUGGCAACGGUGGUGUGGCACAGGGUGGACGGUAUWUGAGGUACCGGAGAAAGUGA